AUGGGUGGUGAAGAUGUACGCAUCUGGAUGCCGGAUUUCAAAGGUGCUUUCACUGUUAGUUCUGCGAAAGAAUUAAUCCGUCAGAAACAUCCCAAGUUCGAUGGCGCUGCUAUUUUACGGAGGAAGGAAGUUCACCCUACACUGGCUGCCCAAAACUGGAAAUUCAUGCGUAAUGCUUGUGCAAAGUAUGACAUAAUCCAAUCCAGAUUCAAAAUUCAGCUUGCAAGUAGUUGUAGCUUGUGUGGAGUUGCGAAAGAAUCUCUAGACCAUAUCUUUUUCCAUUGCAGCUUUGUUGGCCGUGCUUGGAACUGGAUAACUGAUCUUUUUAAUUUAACGCCUAAUGCUAAUCUUGUGGUGUCUUGUAAAGCAUCUCAAGGAAAGAGGAGUACCAUGAUUCGUAACCUGUGGAGGCUUGCCAAUCUUGUCAUCAGGUCUGAGCUAUGGGCAGCACGUAAUAGAGCAGUUUUUCAACGUCAACAACCUAGCUGGAGUUUGUUUUUCAAAAGGGUGGUAAAGAUGAUUCAAGAUUAUUCAGUUCGGCUAAGGGGAUACAUGCGAAAUUGUGCUGAAGAUGUUUUGCUGCUUGAUUACUUUCGAGUGGUCUAUAGGAGUGUCAAACAUCAGCAACCGGUGGAAGUUUUUUGGCAGCCUCCAGAUGAUAAUGAACUCCAGAUCUGUUGUGAUGGCAUGGCGCGAGGUAAUCCGGGCAUUGCAGGAGCGGGAGUGGUGGCUAGAGACGCUAAUUGUGCAGUUCUUGGUGCUAUGAGUAUCGGCCUUUGA